AUUUGUUCUGAGUAAACUGUUGAUUAAAUUACUUAUUCCAUCUGUUUUUCUUGGUCAAAGAUCAUAAAAUCUAGUUUUGUUAUUCUGUGGAUUUAUGAUUAAUAAUUUCAAAUUGACAUAGGCUAUAUUUGAAUCUUCAUGAAAAUCAUCACUUGGAAUUAGGUCGGGUGAUUCAUGGCUAUGGUUUAUAGCUUGUUGACUUACUUAGAUGAUCAUACCCAAUAUAGUCAUUUUCUGUAUGAUGUUAUAAAACUGAAAUUUAUUUCUCAUCCAUAACUCUUCUUUUCUCCAUUAGGUUCUUCAUAAAUUAGGUUUCAUCUAAUUUGGACAACUAAUCUUUCUCAAGCUACUUCUUCUUUUUAGUACUUCUUGCUAUUGUCUGAGUGGCUGCAAAUUUUCAUCUUGCUUGCAGUCAGGAUUGUUUACUAAUUUCUGCAAACAUGGUCGGUGCAGUUACCAAAUGGAAAACUUAUCAUUCCUUAAAUUGGUGAUACCAAUAUCUAAUCUCAAAAGCUGGUGUGAAGUGUCUUGGAUUUCAUUGCUAGCACAAAAACACAAUGAUAAUAACCAAUUUGGAGAAAGCCCAUAUUUUGAACAGUUAUACCACAGAGAACCUUUGGGCAAUGACAUGAUUAGAAGAAUUUUUUCAAGUGAUGAUAUGAGCUUUGUUUUGGUAGGCAUGUUGAAGGUUUCUCCAUAUUCAGGAAGGUUGCAAUUAACUGAUGCAACUGGAAGCAUUGAUGCUGUGGUGCCAGAUUUACCAUUGGAUGUGAACUUCCAGGCCGUUUAUGAGGUUAAAGAUUAUAAACUUGUAAUUGAAGGUUCGUCAAAGAAAAUUUAUAUGCAGCAGCAGUAUUUGGAUGAACCACUCUCAUGCAGAACCAUAUUUCAGCAUUUUUCACCUAGAGCCUCAUCACAGCUUGUGGUUUAUGUUCAUUUCUAUCUCAAGAAGUCAACUUGCAUGCAUUUCUUUCAAUUUUCUACUUACAUGGACAACAGUGACUCCUUGAAGUGUAAUAGUGGUGAAAUGUUCCACCUAUUAUAUGUCACACACAAAUUUCCUGCAUAUCACAGUCUUCAUGAGGAUGUCAGUUUGUCAAACAGCUCUGGUUUGUUUGCUGAGGCUUUUAUGUCGCCUUAUAAUUUGAUUCCUUAUGUGACAAGUGAACUUGAUCAAUUUGCAGAAAUUUUCCUCACAAAUCUAGAUAAGAAGUCUGAUUGUAUUGAUAAUUUCUUGAGAGAGAAUUAUAGGUCCUCCCAGAUUCCAUGUUUGCUCGUGUUGAGUAGAAGCAAUUCUCAGUCAUUUCAGUUUCCAUUUUAUUUACAUUGUGCUCGUGGGUUCAAAGACAAUGGCAUGCUUCAUAAUCACAGUGAUUCAAAAAUCUUGUUAGAGUUCAGUUCUAACAACUUAGACAAGUAUCAGAUGCUUCGUGUAGGAUCAUAUUAUCUUCUGAAGUGCUCAGGAAAGGGUCUUGACUGCAAAUCAAAAGCCUGUAAGCAUAUAACACAAGUAAAGCCCCUUGUAAUCUCUGAAUCAAUUAUCUGGAGGCUUUCUAUACUAUUUGACGAAGCAAAGCAUCAGAAUGGGCAAUCUCAACAUGUUUGUUCUUGUGUUUCUUCAGUGAGAAAUGAUAAAUGUUUAACUGAAAAUUUUUGUCAGCCUGGGCAAACAUUCCUACAUUUGAAUGAUGAAACUCAUGGACUUUCUGAUGUUCAUCUGCAUAUGUAUAGUGAGGCAAUCAAUCAAUUGGAAGAAUUGGAGUCCUUGCUGAAGAGUUUUCACAGUAUUUUUCCUUCUUUGGAUAAAAUAACAACUGUGUCAUCAUGCAUCCAACAAAUGAUGGCUCAGGCUGCUCUUACGUCUGGAAUUCUUAUUCCAGCCAAUGAAUUGCCUCAAGGAAAUCUGCUAUCGUUAAGUGGAAAUAUUGAGAGUAUUUCCAUCUAUGACUUCAAACCUAAAUGUGCAUGCUCUAGUUUCACAGUUUGUGAACACUGGAGUACAUGUGAAGUCUGUAUGCUUGUAAAUGAUGAUUGUCAUAUGGUGCGGAUUCGUGGUAGCAUAAGCAGAUAUGCUUAUCCUAUUGGAUUAGGUCAUGCAGUGAAUGCAACCUUCCACAAGGUCCUGCUGACUCAAAAUUCAAGUCAGACAAAAGAAUUGAUGUUGACCCCAAUGUCAUUUAUUGUGGUUAACACUGUGAAGGAAAUUUGCCCUCUGGUUAACGUUGAAGGUUUGAUUCAAGAGUCCAGAUGGAAUAUUCCAUAUGAAGUAUUCAUAAAUACCAAAUCAUCGUCGCGUUUGAUCUCAAAUGUGCUGCAGUGCACUGACAGUGAUCUCAUCCACCUUAACUGCAGGGUUGUGUGUAUCAUUACUUUGGUACUGGAGAACCAGACACAUGGACCUGUAAUGUCGCAACCUGUAGGCUAUCCCAAAAUAACAACAGCAAGUAUCCCUCUACUUGGCUUUCUAGUAGAGGAUGGAUCAUCCUUAUGUUAUUGCUGGGCUGACUAUGGUCGAGCUGAGACAUUGCUUCGACUACAUGAAUCAAGUCAAAUGAUUUUUAGUAGUGGUAAGAUAGUAAGAGGGCCUGAAAAGAAAUAUUCUCAGCGUACUACUGAGUACCUUCUAUACGAGAUGCUUAAAAAGCAUCAGAAGAUCAUCGUUAGAAAUCAUGGUGCUGCUCCUGACUUGUCCUGUGUAGACUUAUCAUUUUUGAUUGACUCGGAUCAGGUUUUCAGUAAGGCAGAAGAAAAACUUCUGAGGUCCAUCAUCAACAAUGCAUGCCAUGCACCAACAACACUUAGUAUUGCUGGCAUUACGAUGAAUUCAACUUCGGCAUUCGAUGGUAGAAUGGAAUUUCUUGAACAUCGUCAAACAUUGCAAUCACUGCCAUAUUUGUGGGUUAAAGAGGUUGUGCCCAUUGAUUCGAGGCAAGAAGCUUAUGGGAGAACCUACACACUGAGUGGAAGGAUGAGGCAAGAAGCUGGAGAUGUUCAUUUAUCCAUUUGAGUUAAUAAGAAGCUGAGUGGAAGGAUGUGGCUUUUGUUUGCAAAGAAGCUCAAGUGGCGUUUUAUUAGCUUUGAUAUAUCUCCUACUACUUUUGCACCAUUGGUUGCAUUGCUCAUCAUGAAACCUAGCAGCAGUUUUUGGUGGCAAAACUUUGAGUCAACAGACCCUCAAGCUUUUGGGUAGGAUGCCAUCAGCUGGACUCUCAGAAUCUGGUGAAGUAUCUACUAGUAUCGCAUAUGCAAAAGUGAGAAGGAAUCUGAAAGUAGAUUAAGAGAAAAUGAGUGUAUUUAUUGUCACUUUUUUGUUCCCUAUCUUGAUUGCAUACUGUAGCAAGAUUGUAAUACAGCAUCUAUCGUCUGCUCAUGAGGUUAAGAUU